UAGGUGGCCAAUCCAAUCAUAUAACUGAUUGGGAUUCACUUUUCUUUUUUAAAUAAGGCUUUCACCUACGUCCCAACCAAUGCCACAGAAUCCAACUGAUCGAAAAUCAUUCAAAGACAAGAUAUGACCUCGGUUCCUAUGGCUCAGCAGGUAGACUCUGUUUUAUCAUUUCUUGUUUGAAUGGUUUAAGUUUUUGAAAGAGAUGAUUGGGAUGCAAUGCAGGGAGAAGGGUGGCCAUUGGGACUGCAGCCCUUGAGUUUGAGGGUAGUGAGGAACAGAGAUUAUCACUUGGGGGCAUCAACAUCAUCUUUCAACACCACUUUACUUGGUGGUGACUCACCUGUUGCUUCCUCCCCAGUUUCCUCCUCGGCCUUUGACACAGAGUCAACAGGAUCAUCAUUCUUCCUAGACAAGAGCACAACACUAGGAACCCUAAUUGGGGUUACAAGAAUUAUGAACCUUUCAAGAAGAUCAACAAGAGAAACUGUGAUAGAAACAGUGGACAAGAAGCACAACUGGAGGAGUAGCCGUUUCUCAAUGUGCCCUACAAAGAGCACUGAUGCAGCUGACAUGACUUCCAUCAGAAGCCACACGACCGCCGCAUCUCUCGGCCAUUUUCUUGCUGUCGAAAGAAGCGAUGCAAAUAGGAAGGAGAGAAACAACCAUCACAGCCCUACGGUAUAUGGCCCUGAUGAAUAUGAUGUAGGGCAGAAGGAUAUCGAGCCAAAUUCUCUUUUCUCUGAUGGUCACAUUGCUCCUCCUCAGGUGAGCAAAAGGUCUAAUGAGAGUGAAGAUGAGCAUAACGUCCCACUUGUAUUGUUUCCAUGCAUUUGUGGUUAAACAUUGUACAAUCUCAUUAUCCCUCUGUCCCACAAAUUUUGCGAAAUUUCCUUAUGUCGACAUCCCAAAAAAGUUUGCAAUUCUAUUCAAACUAAGAAAUAUUCCGUAUGUGAUUAAAGUGAUUUGUCUUUUCUCUGCACUAAUCUCAAUAACACAGUUUUUGUUUCAUUAUUCCACAA